AUGCCUCUAAAUGGACGGUCCUCAAAUGGAGGCCUGGCUGCUCAAACAGGGUGGAUUGGGUCUGUGGCCAGAUUUUGGGAGAAAACAUAUGCGCCGGACUAUGUAGGGUUUUUGCUGCUGCUGGCGGCAUAUUUCUUGGUACAAUUCCUCAUAGAACCCUUCCACCGCCUCUUCUUCCUCAGUAAUAUCAAUAUCCAAUACCCGCAUGCAGAGGUUGAGAGGGUGCCUGUGGGAUGGAACAUAUUUUAUGCUGGAGGAAUACCCCUUGUCACCCUGAUCCUCACGCUGGCUGUCACAAGGUCAAGCAUACACAAGUGCCAUGUCACACUUCUUGGGUUCUUCAUUAGUCUUAUCCUCGCCUCCUUCAUCACAGACGUUAUCAAGAAUGCAGUCGGCAGACCACGACCAGACUUGAUAGCCCGCUGCAGGCCAGCGCCUGGAACUGCUGACCAUGUGUUGGUAGAUAUAAACGUAUGCACCGAGACCAAUCAUCAUAUCCUACAUGAUGGGUGGAGGAGCUUCCCCUCGGGACAUUCAUCAUUUGCUUUCAGUGGAUUGGGAUUUCUUACUUUGUUCUUCUGUGGCCAGAUGCAUGUCUUCCGUCCCAGGACUGAUCUAGGGAGGGCUCUGUUAGCUAUGUCACCACUGCUUGGUGCAGCUAUGAUCGCAAUUAGUCGGUGUGAAGACUAUCGGGGAAGAAAAACUGACGAUUCCAGUCACGAUGUCUAUGAUGUCACCUGUGGCUCUAUCCUCGGGAUGGCAAUUGCGUUUUUUUCAUACAGGCGAUAUUACCCUCGACUUCGUUCGCCUAAAUGCGAUGAGCCGUUUCCAUCACGAGAGACACUUUUCAAUGAAGGGUUUGGAAAACUUAAGGAUGAAGAGACCGGGCGAGUGGCUACUGCGAGGGAGUUUGAUUUGGAUGAUGAUGAGGAGGAAGAGUAA